GGGAAGGCCUAGCAGUAAGGGGCCGGGCUAACCAUGGCGGAGGGCGGGGAAGAGGAGGAGUUCUGUUUCACAGCACUUUAUAUAAGUGGCCAGUGGCCGGGGCCGUGCGCUCACACUGACCUUCAGCCAGUCAAUCGCACCGCAAUGGCGCCUUCCAGGAAGUUCUUCGUAGGGGGCAACUGGAAGAUGAACGGGAGGAAGAAGUGCCUGGGAGAACUCAUUUGCAUCCUGAACGCGGCCAAGGUGCCGGCAGACACCGAAGUGGUUUGUGCACCCCCCACUGCCUACAUCGAUUUUGCCAGGCAGAAGCUAGAUCCCAAGAUUGCCGUGGCUGCGCAGAACUGCUACAAAGUGACCAAUGGGGCCUUCACUGGGGAGAUCAGCCCUGGCAUGAUCAAAGACUUGGGAGCCGAAUGGGUAGUGCUCGGGCAUUCCGAGAGAAGGCAUGUCUUCGGGGAGUCGGAUGAGUUGAUUGGACAGAAAGUGGCCCAUGCCCUAGCCGAGGGCCUCGGAGUGAUCGCCUGCAUUGGGGAGAAGCUGGACGAAAGGGAAGCUGGUAUCACCGAGAAGGUUGUUUUCGAUCAAACCAAGGUCAUCGCAGAUAAUGUGAAGGACUGGGACAAAGUUGUCCUGGCCUAUGAACCUGUGUGGGCCAUAGGUACAGGCAAGACUGCAACACCUCAGCAGGCCCAGGAAGUACAUGAGAAGCUGCGGGGUUGGCUGAAAACCAAUGUCUCUGAUGCGGUGGCUCAAAGCACCAGAAUCAUUUACGGAGGUUCUGUGACUGGAGCAACCUGCAAAGAGCUGGCAAGCCAGCCUGAUGUGGACGGCUUCCUCGUGGGAGGUGCCUCCCUCAAGCCUGAGUUUGUAGACAUCAUCAAUGCCAAACAAUGAGCACCAGCCAACUCCCCUAACCUCCGCUAGACCAGGACUAGGUUGCCCAGGAGCUUAAGAACUGCUCCCACCAGUCACAUGCUUCCGAUACCAUCUGCCCCAACUUGUGUCCUAAUCCACACUGUACCUUCCUCCUUAUAGUGGCUGGGCCCAGGCCGAUCCCUUUACCACUUACAAUGAAUGAAAUAAUGUCACCUAUUUCA